AUGCCUGUCUACGUCUCCUGGAUUCUGGUGUUCGUCCUCAAGAGCCACCAGGUCCGUGGGGACGCACCGCCCAAGGACCCCGACUUCGACAAGAACGUUAGCGAGCUGAUCGUGUCCAAGGGGUACCCCGUCGAAGAGCACUCGGUGACCACGGCGGAUGGAUACAUCAUCGGCGUGCAGCGCAUCCCGUACGGCAGGGAUGGCCGACACGGGGGCCGCGACUCGGUCAGGCCGCCUGUCCUGCUCAUGCACGGACUGCUCAACUCGGCGGCGGACUGGGUCAUCAACUUCCAGAACCAGAGCUUUGGCUUCAUCCUGGCAGACGCCGGUUACGACGUGUGGCUGGGAAACGUGCGAGGCAACACGUACGCCAGGGAGCACGUGACCCUGGACGUGAAGAGCGACAAGUACUGGGAUUUCAGCUUCGACCAGAUGAUCGAGUUCGACCUGCCCGCCACGAUUGACCUGGUGCUCGGGGUCACGCAUCAGCCCAUGCUCUACUAUGCCGGAUACUCCCAGGGGGCGCUCAUCAUGUUCGGACUACUUUCCGCGAAGCCCGAGUACAACGCAAAGGUUGCGCUGUUCGCGGCCCUGGCUCCUGUUACGGCGCUGGGACACAUUAAAGGUCCGGCCAGAAAACUGGCGACCCUUGCCCUUUCGAUCAAAGCGGCGGCCGACACGAUGGGCAUCCGCGAGUUCUCCCCAAACUCGGAGUUCGUCAAGAAGAUGGCCGGCACGGCGUGCAGUUCGGCCACAACCAGCCAGGCUUGCAUCAAAGCCUACUUCUCCCUUAUCGGGCCAGAGACGGUCAUGAUCAACAGGAGUCGCUUUCCGGUCAUUUUCGCCCAUACGCCAGCAGGAACAUCGGUCAAGAAUAUGGUGCACUUCAGUCAGCUGAUCAACAACAACCGGUUCUGCAUGUUCAGCUACGGUCGCAAAGAGAACUCGCGGGUCUAUGGAACCGCUAGGCCCCCCUGCUACGAGCUGGAGAACGUUCGGGUUCCGGUGGCCAUCUUCUGGGGCGACGGAGACUGGAUGUCGACGACCAAGGACCUGGACAACCUGAGGGACAGGCUGAGCAACGUCGUCUACGACCACCGCGUGGACUUCCCCAACUUCAACCACGCCGACUUUAUCUUCGCGUCAGGAGCCAAGACCUUGCUCUACGACAAAGUGAUCCAAGUGUUCCGGAAGUUCCAGAUUCGCCAAGUCCGCAACGAGUAGCCACAGUGAUGGCGCUCGUCGUAAGCGGUCAUUUAGGAACCUUGUACCGCGUGGGCCUCAAAACAUCUUAAACAGUUCUUGUACCGCUUUUCCCCCCUCUUCCCACGCUUCUUCGACGAAUAGAAACAAAUAAAGUUGAAUUGAAUUGAGGUAUCUUA